UUGGUUGGGGUGGAAACGUUGUCGGACCACUCUUUUAUCAGGUUCGAGGUGGCCUCACAGGAGGGCUCUUUGCCUCCUCGUCGUCCUGGAGGGAGCUCGUCGGAGUUUCCCCGUUGGUCUCGAACCAAGCUGGAGAGACAGAUGGCGGUUGAGGCGUCAAUCGUCCAGGCCUGGACCAUGAGGGUUCAGCAGCCCGUUGAGGUGGAUGGGGAGGCACGCAAUUUCCGCCGAAGCCUAUGGCGGAUUUGCGAUGCAUCGAUGCCCCGCGUCGUGCAGCGCCCCCCCAGACGCCAAGUGUACUGGUGGACGUCGGAGAUCGCGCAACUGCGUACAGCUUGUACGGUGGCGAGACGCCAGUACACUCGUCAACGGAGGCGGCAUCCCCGCAACGAAGCUGAAGAGGGCAGGCUUCGUGACGCCUACAACGAGGCGAAGAAUGAGCUGAGGCAUGCAAUAUGCAGGUCGAAGAAGUCGGCUCGCGAGGAGCUACUCGCACGUCUAGACGAUGACCCGUGGGGACGUCCGUAUCUCGGUGCCCGGAACAAAAUCCGGGCCCAGACCGCCCCGGUCACGGAGAGUCUGGAGCUGGAGGUUCUGCGUAGCGUCGUGGGCUCCUUGUUCCCUGCGGAGGCUACACACACGAUGCCCGCAGUCAACUCUCGCGAGCUAGACCGGUCGGAGGCCAUACCGGCUGUCACCCUUGAGGAGCUCGAGAGAUCUCUGUCGCCACUCAGAGCCAAAAAGACCGCACCUGGGCCGGACGGCGUUCCCGGAUGCGUCCUGGCUCUCGCCCUGGGCGAGUUGGCCGAGUGGUACUUAGGGAUCCUCAAUGGGUGUUUGAGAACGGGCCGCUUUCCGUCGCCAUGGAAAGAGGGGAGGCUCGUUCUUCUCCGGAAGGCGGGAAGACCUGCGGACUCGCCGUCUGCGUACCGUCCAAUUGUCUUACUAGACGACGCGGGGAAGCUCUUUGAGCGGAUCCUCGCGUCCCGCGUCGUCCAACAUAUCAGUAGGAAUGGGCCCGAGCUGAGUGAGUGUCAGUUUGGCUUCCGGGGUGGGCGGUCCACCAUAGACGCCAUCCUGAGGCUGAGGAGUCUCACAGAUGGCGCCGUGUCUGGGGGCGGAGUUGCGUUGGCGGUGUCUCUUGACAUCACCAACGCGUUCAACUCCCUCCCCUUUGGCGUCAUCGAAGAGGCCCUCCGAUUCCACAGACUGCCACUCUACAUCCGGCGGAUAAUCGGAAAUUACCUCCGUGGACGGGAGAUCUCCUUUGUGGGGGUAGACGGCAGGGUGCAUCACCACGAGGUGCGCUGCGGUGUUCCACAGGGGUCGGUCCUUGGGCCUCUCCUGUGGAACCUCGGAUACGACUUCGUACUCCGCGGUGCCCUCCCGACCGGGCUGAGCGUCGUCUGCUAUGCAGACGACACGCUCGUUGUAGCCCGAGGUGAUGACCUGUCAGAGGCGAAGGCGCGUGCCGAGGCUGGUGCUGCCUUAAUCGUGCGGCGCAUUGAAAUGCUCGGGCUGAGGGUGGGUCUCGGGAAAACCGAGGCCCUCCUAUUCCACGGCCCUCGAGCAAGACUUCCGACGGGCGCCAGCAUUAACAUCUGCGGCGUCCCCGUCGAGCUCAGUCCCCGGAUGAAGUAUCUGGGGCUGACUCUGGACGGAAAGUGGAACUUCCGGGAGCAUUUUCGCGGGUUAGUCCCGAGACUCCUCGGGACGGCGAACGCUCUCGGAAGGCUCCUGCCGAAUCUCGGUGGUCCGAGCGUGGCGUGUCGGCGCCUGUACACUGGCGUGCUGCGCUCAAUGGCGCUGUACGGAGCUCCGGUGUGGGCCGGUGCCCUCACAAGGCCGAACGUGGCUGCGCUGCACAGAGUGCAGCGCGUCAUGGCGGUGAGGGUGGUACGGGGAUACCGCACCGUCUCCCAUGAGGCGGCUUGCGUGCUGGCUGGGACGCCUCCGUGGGAACUGGAUGCCCAGGUUCUGUCGGAGGUGUACCACCAGCGCGCGCGAGUUCGAUCCCGGGGUCCGAGUCCGGACCGGGAUCGGGUGGAAGGUUGGCGGCGCUCCUUGAUCGCCUUACUGCUUCGCCGGUGGAAGCGGAAACUCUCUGAGCCAGUGGCCGGGUUGCGAACCGUGGAGGCUAUUCGCCCGCUCCUUAAAGAGUGGGUGGACCGCCGACACGGUUCCUUGACCUUCCGGCUGGUGCAGAUCCUCUCGGGGCAUGGUUGCUUUGGGAGGUAUCUGUGCCACAUAGUCGGGAGAGAGCCGACCGCGGCGUGUCACCAUUGCAGUUGCAUGGAUGACACGGCCGAUCACACCUUGGCGGAGUGCCCUGCGUGGGCUGUAGAGCGUCGCCAGCUCUCCACAGUAGUUGGCGCAGACCUAUCGUUGCCGGCUGUGGUUCAGGCCAUGGUCGGUAGCGAGAGGGCCUGGGAGGCGAUGGUCAAGUUCUGCGAGCACGUGAUGUCGCGGAAAGAGGCCGUAGAACGUGUACGGGAAGACGACCCCUCCUCGGCGCCCUUGCGUCGACGUAGACUGGGUCGAAGGCAGCGGGCAUAUGCCCGCGACCUGCCUCCCCAGUGA